GAAAUACAAACCGGAAGUCAAAAGACAACGAGCGCAACGCUGAAAAGGGGCGGGGCUACAUAAGGUCUAUAGUCUUUGACAUUUCGUUCGUGAACGCAAUGAAUUUCUGGGACAUUUUGAACUGAUAUCUUAUUCGUGAACGAAGAUCUUCUAAAUUAUGAAUUAUUAUCUGCGGAAUUAUGAAUGUGUAAAAAAAUGACAUUGUUAACAACUUAAUUUACGUAUGCAAAUGCUGUAUUUUUACUACAGCUUGAAUAAUAAAAUAAAACAAUGCUCAGCCGGUGACAAAUUUAGGGAAAAUAUACACCUAGGCCUGCUGUGUUGUAAUUUGUGUGGACAUUGCUUAUGAUGCUAAACAAUUAUUAUUAUUAUUAUUAUUAUUAUUAUUAAGUAGAUUUGUAGGCAUGCAAAACCUAAUGCAGGAUAAGAUAAGAAUCUAUAAUGAAUCGAUUCAGGAGAUGAUUCAAUCAUUACAUACAAAAAAACUCUCGCCUGAUACAACCUACUUGCGCUACGAUGUAACCACUUAGAGGGACACUCAAUUAAUCGAUGAACGAGUCUCUUUAAUGAACUGAAUCAGUCACUAUUUCAAAGAAGAGGAGGUUUCCACUGCAAAGUCCUUUUUUUGGUUUGUAUGGGUGGGCGUGGCCACAUAUAUGUUGCAAGUUACAAAGAAAAUCCCGCUUGGAAACGUACCUCUGGAUGUCUGCCCUAAUGAAAAGAAAUCGGUCUGAAUUCUCGCGAACGAUAUUUCUGACCACCGUUUAAUCAAACACAAUGCAAGUUAAUCCAAAGCGCUCUUUCCGCCAGCCAAUCUUAGCCUUUAAGAGGCGGGGGAUGUAGAGCAACAUGUGCAAGAUGAUCUCCUACACUGUCUGACAGAGAACGGAGCUCUAGAAACUUUUCAGAAAGCACAGAUUAUCCCAAAGUGUUUGUAUCUAAAAUGGUGUCGAUUAAACGGUUGACAUCUCUGUUCUCUGUGUCUUGGGAGCAAACUCUCAUAUGUGUGGGCAGUUUGUUCAUUACACUCUUCAUUUUUCUGGUGACUCGCCAGCUCUUAAAGCAGCGGAGACCCCGAGGGUUUCCCCCUGGACCGGCACCUUUACCCAUGAUAGGGAAUAUUCUGUCCCUAGCCACCGAGCCUCACGUCUACAUGAAGAGGCAGAGUGAUAUCCACGGACAGAUUUUCAGUCUAGACCUGGGAGGAAUCUCGACUGUUAUUCUAAAUGGUUAUGAUGCCAUUAAAGAGUGCCUGUAUCACCAAAGUGAGGUUUUUGCUGACCGUCCAUCCCUCCCUUUAUUUCAAAAGAUGACAAAAAUGGGAGGACUUCUGAACUGCAAAUAUGGUCGAGGCUGGAUCGAACACCACAAACUGGCUGUGAACUGCUUCCGCUACUUUGGCAGUGGUCAGCGAAUGUUUGAGAGGAUUUCUGAGGAGUCCCUGUUUUUUCUGGAUGCCAUUGACCAGCACCAGGGGAAGCCCUUUAACCCUAAGCAUCUCGUUACCAAUGCCGUCUCCAACAUCACCAACCUCAUUAUCUUCGGGCAGCGUUUCACCUACGAUGAUGGUGAUUUUCAGCACAUGAUUGAGAUCUUCAGUGAGAAUGUGGAGCUGGCAGCCAGUGGCUGGGCUUUCUUGUACAACGCCUUCCCCUGGAUAGAGUACCUGCCAUUCGGGAAGCAUCAAAAGCUGUUCCGCAAUGCCAACAAGGUCUACGACUUCCUUCUGCAAAUCAUCAAGCGAUUCUCGCAGGACAGGAUUCCCCAGUCGCCGCAGCAUUACAUCGAUGCCUACCUGGACGAAAUGGAGCAGAGCGCCAGCGAUAAAGCUACAUCUUUCUCUCAAGACAAUCUCAUUUUCUCUGUUGGAGAACUUAUCAUUGCCGGCACAGAGACCACCACAAAUUGUCUGCGCUGGGCUAUGCUAUACAUGGCCCUAUAUCCCAGGAUACAAGAAAAGGUCCAAAUGGAGAUCGAUUGCAUCCUGAAUGGCAGACCACCUGCUCUUGAAGACAAGCAGAGGAUGCCAUAUGUGGAGGCAGUGCUGCAUGAAGUCCUGCGCCUUUGCAACGUCGUCCCGCUGGGCAUCUUCCGCGCUACGUCUCAAGAUGCGUUGGUGCGUGGCUACACUAUCCCCAGGGGCACCAUGGUCAUCACUAACUUGUACUCGGUGCACUUUGACGAGAAGUACUGGAGCGACCCAUCCAUCUUCUGCCCAGAGCGCUUCCUUGACUGUAAUGGAAAAUUUGUCCGGCGUGAAGCAUUUCUCCCCUUCUCAAUAGGUAAGCGGCACUGUCUGGGAGAGCAGUUGGCCAGAUUGGAGAUGUUCUUAUUCUUCACUACAUUGCUUCAGAGGUUCCACCUUCAGUUCCCAGAAGGCUUUAUUCCAAGUCUCUCUCCGAAACUGGGCAUGACCCUUCAGCCUCGGCCAUACGCCAUAUGUGCCAUCAGGAGACAGCAGUAAAACUUCCCCUGUGAUCUCUGGAACACAUGCACUCACGUCAGGGGAUCCUACCAAGAAGCACAAAUGUCAGAGAAGUUCUCCAUCUUAAAUUCCAUCAGGUUUUCAACGGGGAAUUUUGACCUCUGAUAUUGACUUGUUAAAUUCUCUGAACGUGUCCUCUAGAGUUUCACAGAACCCAGCCUGAGAGCGAUAAGAGUACUGUUACAGAACACAUGGUGUGGAGAGCAAAGAAUGAGCACAUGUGUUACCAAACAAGAACGUACAUGAGGGUAUCAGGAUAGAGUUUAGCAUGAAUCUUUGAUAACUUGAGUCGAAAAAGUGUACUGUGUAACCAACCGAACAUUGUGCUUGUCAAUAUGAGCUAUUGUGUCAAUGAUUGACAGGGUUUACCUCUAUGAUGGUUUGGAGGUCUGUCUUCUUGACUCACGUUGGUUUAAUGCCAUAUAGCAGUUCUGCAAUAAUAACGGCCCUUUCCCUAGUUUAUCUCAGUGGAAAGAGACUAUCAAGAAACUUGAGCUGCAGUAUUUGGUGCUAUUGUGAAAAGCUGACUCCAAUAUACGUUUUAUAGUACAAUAUCCGUUUUCCUAGAAGUUUUUGUGCUUAUAAUAAAAUGAACCAAAACCUGACAAACUUGUAUAAAUAAACACAAAAUGAACCUUU